GAGCGCUGUUGGAACUUUGGAGUUCAGAGCUAUCCAGGAGCCCAUUCGAACGCUGCCCAAUGUGUAUCAGUUUUACCAAGCCAAGGCGCGCGAUAUCGACUUCGACACACAAGAAGUAGUGUGUGAUUCAAUUUACGGCUCGGGUAGCUUCAGUAUCAAAUACGACAAGUUGGUGAUGGCUAUGGGUGUGAAGACGAACACGUUUGGAACGAAGAAUUUGGUUGAGCGCGAAGGCCAGGAGGUAUUUUUCCUCAAGCAUCUAUGGCACGCCAGAAGUAUUCGCAAUCGAACGAUUGAGGUAUUUGAAAUCGCGGCACUCCCCCAGGUAGGUGUACAGGAGAAGAAACGUCUGUUGAGUUUCCUGAUUGUGGGUGGAGGGCCCACAUCAUGCGAGUAUGCGGCGGAGCUAUACGACUUUCUCAGUGAAGACAUGGCAAAUUUGUACCCAGAUCUGGUGGAACACACUACGUUGACACUCGUAGAAGCUGCGGAUGCCAUUCUGGGACCUUUUGAUAAUCAUUUGCGUGCUUAUGUGGAGCGAUUGUUCAACAAGCGAAAUAUAAAAAUACGGACAAAAACAGCUGUAACAGGUGUGGAGUUGUGCCAUGUGGAGGGGUUCCAUCACGAAUCGACGAAGGCAAUUAUGAGUGAUGGUACUGAGCACCGGUUUGGCACCUUAGUUUGGAGUGCUGGGCUGCAGCCUGUCAAGUUCACUGACAAGGUGACAAGUAAAGGUAUACAACGAACCGAGGCAGGAAGGAUUAUCAUAGACGAGUAUCUGCGAGUCAAAGGCCACGAGGGGAAGGUAUGGGCCAUAGGCGACUGUGCUGAGUGCGAGACCAUGCCUCUGCCGCUACUGGCACAAGUCGCACAGCAACAGUCGGGCUAUAUGGCCAAAGUGUUAACUAAGAGCAUCCGCGAGGACGAGAAGGCGUUCCAUUUCUACUCUCUAGGCAGUAUGUUGAGUGUGGGUAAAUGGAAGGGCAUCUAUGACGGGCAAAGCCUGGGCGAUCCAUAUGGAUGGCGAGCCAAGGUGACGAACAUCAGUGGGUUCGCUGCGUUUAUCACGUAUCGCACGGCUUAUUGGGGGAAACAAGUGAGCUGGACAAACAAACUACUCAUACCAAUGUACUGGUUCAAGAGUUGGGCUUUCGGCCGGGAUAUAUGUCGAUUCUGA